AUGAGCUACCAAGCAGAAAUAGGAGAUUCAGACGUCAUCGAAGGGCUAGAUAUCAGAUUUCUUGUCAAAUCCGGAAUGUUGAGGCUCAUCAAUGACUACAGAACCACUGGGAAAAUGAACUCCACGAUAAAGAUUCAUCUGAUUGGGACAUUCAUCAUCACGUUGCCUUACAUGGUCUGCCAGGGACUUAGCUUACUCAAAGUACAAUACGAUAUUAAGAAGGGUACGUUCGUAAUUUUGCACCCUAUGGCCGCUUUUCAAAUUUAUUGCAGGAUCCUAGUAUUGUGGUUCGGUAUGGAGAGUCAGAGCAGACUGUACAAUAUGAUAAGGAAGGAUUUCCUGAAUAUUCCGAAAGAGCUGAGUGCUGAUGUCAGCGAAUUGUACCAGAAGAAAAACAGGACUUCUAAUUUGUGCUGUAAGGCUACAUUUAUAUGGAAUGCGAGUAUCGAGUUGUUAUAUAUAUUCUUUCCAGGAGUUUCCGUGGACUACAUCCAAAACCGUACCAGAGGCAAACCUGCAGUCAUUUCGGGGAGAAACAAGAUAUUGAGCGGAUGGUAUCCGGUCCCGAUGAGCGAGUACCCUUAUUACGAACUUAUUUAUCUUUACGAAACACUAUGUCUUUUAUGGUCUUCAACACUUCUUGGUUUAUAUUUCUGCAUGUAUUUCCAAUUGCUGAUGUGCCUCUGUACUCAAUAUGUAACGCUUGGCUAUCGGGUUACCAAGUUGAAGGUUGAUCCAGUUAAAUAUAAACGAGACCAGAAAUACAAGUCGAAUAUUUAUAAAGAAUUAUGCGAAGUCCUAAAAGAUCAUCAGAAACUGUUAAGGUACACUGAUGAACUCAGGAGCGUAUACGAUCCUUUGGUGACGAUGACAAUUGGUAUAGGAAUUACCGUUUUGAUCAUUGGUGCCAUCCAGUUCCUCAUAGGGAAGACAAAUGAUCCCGGCAUCAUAUUCAAAUUGAUCCAAAUGUUUUCAUUCAGAACAUUCUUCGAAGUGUCUAUGUUCUGUUUCGGUUCUUCACGAAUUGAAGAAGCUAGCUCAGAUCUCCAGGAUGCCGUUUACUCCAGCGAUUGGUACAAGACUGACUUGAAGUUCAGAAUGGCUGCACAGAUGAUGAUGAUUAGAGCCAGGAAGAGGGUCAACCUCACUGCUUUGGUGAUGUACCCUGUGAACUUGGCGACCUUAGGCUCAAAACCUAAGCAUUACCACUGACCAGUCUUGCUGAAAAAUGCCACACCACUGAGAUUGUUCAGUUUACCUACUCAUGUUCGGCUUUGAUGUCACGAAUGGCAGAAUAAUAUUGUAUUUUUCCUGUGAUUAUUUAUGUAAAUUCAACUGUACAUAUUUCAUAAAAUAAUAAAAUUAUUAGAAAUUAUAA